UUAUUUUUUAAGGCAGUAGAAAUAUUUUUCUUUUUAUUUUAGUACCAGGUGACUCCAAAAAAGAGAAGGAAAAAAAGAGCUAUGGAAAAAUGUAUUUCUUUCUCUGUGCUACAUUUAGGAUGUGGUCAUGCCCCAGGAGCCUGGAGGUUGCCUUUACGAUGUGCCUGAGCUCAGGAAUCCAAUUUUAUCUACGUAUAAACCUUCCUCCCGCUUCUCCUAAAGUGUGCUUCUCUGGUUUGCGUAGAAAAAUUUUUGCAAGGACUCUCCCGAGUAAUGUCAUUUGAGUACAAGUCUGGCAAAAGCUAUUCGCAAGUUUGGGUUUUGACUGAAGUGAGCAAUUGAAUCACAUUGAGCCUCUGAAGUUUGCCUUUUAUUUAUAUAUUUCCCCCAAUUGUGUGGCUCGGUCUGCCAUUGGCUGCUGUCCCUGCAGCCUACCCGAGGGCUCUGCAGUUACAUAAGGCUCUGUCUGCUGGGAGCCUAUAUAAAGCCUUUUUGCAUGCUAGCAAGAGGCAGAAUCUUACCACGAUCCAAGUCCCACUGUUUUAGUUCACAUGAGCAAGAGGAUUUGCUUGAAGAUAUCCUGAAACUCGAACCAGGCUGGUUUGUUUGCCAGCCAGUGCUUCACAGCUGUCAACAUCAGCCGCAAGUGGCAGCUACUGUGAUUAGCUUCUGUGCAUCAUGAAGAAUUUUUCAUUUCCUAUGCAGGAUAACACCCAUCAGACUGAGAGUCCUCCUCCUCACAGAUUCCCGAGUUUGACAAAUCAGUCAGAUCCUAUUGGAAGACCAGAAAGAGAUGAGCAAUUAGCUCACAUAGAGAUUGCUGUACUGGGGGUGAUAUUUCUGACAGCGUCUGUGGGCAAUUUCAUUCUCAUACUGGUGCUGUGGCGAAGAAGAAAGAAGCUGUCUAGGAUGUAUGUGUUCAUGCUUCACCUCAGCAUUGCUGACUUAGUGGUAGCCUUUUUUCAAGUGCUGCCACAACUCAUAUGGGAUAUUACAGAUGUUUUCAUAGGGCCAGAUUUCUUGUGCAGAAUUAUCAAGUAUCUACAAUUGCUGGGCAUGUUUGCCUCUACUUAUAUGAUAGUGGUCAUGACAGUGGACAGAUAUCAAGCUGUUUGCUACCCUAUGGUCACUUUCCAAAAGAAGAGAGCUCUCUGGAACAUCCCCAUUUGCAGCAGCUGGUCUAUAGCACUGAUUCUUAGCCUACCACAGGUAUUUAUCUUUUCUAAGACUGAAAUAUCUCCAGGUGUCUUUGAAUGUUGGGGUGAAUUUAUUCAGCCCUGGGGUCCAAGGGCAUAUGUGACUUGGAUUUUUGUAGUUAUAUUCUUCAUUCCCUCAGCAAUCCUUAUCACAUGCCAGGUCAAGAUUUGCAAAAUAAUCAGAAGAAAUAUAAAUGUGAAAAAACAGAAUGAAUGUGACGCAACAAAGCAGAAUCAAGUCCUGCCAUCCCGAGCAAGCAGUGUGAACUGUAUUUCAAAGGCUAUGAUCAAGACAGUAAAAAUGACAGUGGUGACAGUUGUUGCAUAUGUUCUCUGUUGGUCACCUUUCUUCAUUGCACAGCUGUGGUCCGUGUGGUUCCCCAGCAUCCUGACCGAAGGUUCGGCAUUCACCAUUAUAAUGCUCCUUGGCAAUCUAAAUAGUUGUGCCAACCCAUGGAUUUACAUGUAUUUCUGUGGUCAGAUUCCAUAUUGCACAAAUAAGCAGCUGGAGAAUGCCUCGGCUCAAGAGGAAUCUGUGUUCACAGGGAGCAUUCAUCUCGUAGACAGAGACCCUGAGGAUAACAGUACGUCUGCAUAAAUGCUGAGAGCUUUUUGUUGUUUUGUUAUAUUACCUCUGUUCACAAGACCUACUGAUAUUUUACCACCAUCCCUUUUUUUGUGGAUAAGGAAGCUGAAAAAUUAUUUUGUGUUGUAAAAAUAUAUUUCUCUGCAGUUCUUAGCAUAUUCAGGAAGUUUCUGUGUUGUGCAAGCCUGAUUCAGUGCUUCAAUCACCACUGUCUUAUAAGAAUGAAUUCCUGUAAAGACUGAAAAAGAUAUGUAAAAGCAUCUUAGAUAUUUUGUGUCCUAAAGUACUUCCCCAUCUGUGAUUCUGGAUUUCUAAGUGGUAAAAUUUUUUUACUACCUCAUCCAAAAAAUUGAAAUAUAAUUGAAAAGGAACCUGAUGUAAUUAAACUUGAAUAUGUUUUCAGAGUGAACCAUGAAUUGUUUGUCAUUCUGGUGUGAUUAAGAGACAGUGAUAAAUCUUGAGAAGGCAGCACAAAGUCAGAAAAAGCUUUUGCCAGCUCUUACUAAUACCUGGUUUAAAUUAACUCUUUAGGUACAUUUAUAAAAUGCCAAGCAAUUAGUAUCCCUUUAGGUUCAAAUUCAAAUAUUUCCCUUUGCUUUAAAAAUAAAUCUGCAUAUCUUUAUUUCGAGUGCCACUUGGUUGCUGGUUUGUGGGUGUUAUAUUCAGGUAGCUAUUUAUUUCCUUUCAAUGUCUGCAAUCUGAUCAGAGGAAUAUGGAAGUAAUAUCAGCAAGGGUAUUUCAGGUGAGAAUGGAUCUGCAUUCCCAAGGACUCUUUGUGUCACUUACAUCUGGUGACAUGUAACCUGUCUACAUUAUACUGUGUUUCAUCACAUUUCAGUUUUCUGAGUGCUAGCAGUCUCAAAUAUCAGUAGAAAAGCCAUAAAAUUUUGCAGUUUUAAUAGUCUUUAAAUUGUAGUCAAAGAAAUAUUUAUUUAAACUAAAUACUGAUCACAUAGUGAGAAAUUUUGCUGCACAGUGAAUAGUUACACUUCAGGUUAAUUUAUGCCGAUAUGACUGCAUAUUCUAUGAUUUCUAUUCUCUGUAUAAUUAGACCAGAUAAGGGCAAGAACCCUUUAUAAUGAGAAAGCUAAUGCCCCAGCCCAGCUGACAAGAACAGGUGUCCAGCUGUUAGGAAGAGGAAGAAGGUGGGUGAAGGUAGUACCAGGGCCAGGCAGGAAUGGGAAGGAUUUGUAUGAAAAAUCUUACUAUAAUUACAGCUGAUAGAUUUUCUUACUGUUCCCCCCCUCUGCCUUUAAUUAGUAGCUAAUAAUUCUACCCCACAAAAAAAAAAAAUUGUUUGGGCAAAUCUGUAACUCAAGUGAAGGUCCUCAUCUGGGAUAAGAAUAUCCAAGAUAAUAUCCAAGAUAUCCAUUAUUGAUAGGAUAUUGAUACAGCCACUCACUGACUUUCUAAGACUUUCAGUCAAUUAGCUUUCAGUGAAGCUUUCCCUUAUGACUUAAUCCAAUGGUUAAUGGUGGGAUUUUUGGGUUUUUUUUCCAUUUCCUUUGAUUGUAGUUAGUUACACUGCAUAAUAUGCAGACUUGAAAGGAACUGUAAACAGAAAUGCUUCAAGAAAUCACCUGUGUCACUGAACUACUGUAUAGGCAGCAAAACUCCUCAAAAGGCAUUAAUUUGCAAAGAAAACAGGCUUUCAGAUUGUGUGCAAAGAGUCAUCCAGAUCCAGAACUGAUUGAAGUCACAGUUCUGUUCAGAAACCACAGUGUAGCUCUGCCAUUUAACACCACCUGAUCCAAUCUCUGAUAGAAGCUUAAAGAUAUCAUUUCUACUACUUUCCUUUUUGCAUUGCUGAUAUAUUUGUUACUGGCUCUAUAAAUAGUUUAGUAGAGUCAGAUUUUGCAAAUAACAGUACCUCGAUGUGUUCAUUAAAAUCUGAGAGAAAUGUUAACUGUCCCUAUUUCAGAUAUUUUAAUCAUGUAUCAAAUGAAAUAUCAGAACUUCUUAAGUUCAAUGAUGAUUUUUCACCAUCUGUAAUGUUCAAAACACUUACAUUUUUGUCUCUCAAGUGCUUUCUUUCUGAUUUUUUUUUUCAUUUUCCUUCCCCUAACAUCAGUCCUGAUCUUAAAAAGAAAAGUAAAGGUUACUGUACCAUGGUGUGAAGUAGAGGCUAAAGAUACUUUUAGUUUCAGUCUGUCAGGAGGUAUUUGAACACAGGUAUUCCUGCUUUUUCACUUAGGAAAAUGAACUGGGCUGCAUUUUCCAGAUAUACAUUCUUAUCCAUCAUGCCCUGCCUUGCCUACCCUAUGGGUAGCACUGACUGACAGUUUUAGUGGGGAGUUUGGUUCAGGGCCACUGUCUUUCCAUCAAAACUCAUUUUCAAAAUAAUGGGAAAUUAAUUCGGGUAACUUUUUUUCCUUUUCCUUUUUUUUGAUUUUUUUUGGGUUUUUUUUAAUCCUUAUGAAGUGCCCCUUUCAUGACUUCUCUUAUUUAUUAAAAAAAAAAUUAAAACAAAAUAAAAUUUAUAAAAAUUUUCUCUUAGUAAAUUUAUCUAUCACUGCUCUUGGAAAUUGUUGUUUGAACAUCUUGUGCCCCUGUUUUACUUUGUAUUUUGAGUCUUCAUCUGAACUGUAUGUUUUUCAAUUCACUUCACCUAGAUUUCCAACAGGUGUUGCAGUAUCUCAUUAAGAGAGAAGGUUGACUUUGGGACAACACUGUAUUCUGGCAAAGGUGUUUAAUCCAUAUGGGAGAAUCAGUAACUCAAACAUAUGAGUCCCCAGGAGCACUGUGGAAGCCCAUAAAAAUGGAAAAAAUCCAAUUAUCAGAUGAAAGCCUUUCUCAUCAAAGCCUAGGUUCUGUUUUCUCACACAAAUAAAUUCUGAGUUAAAAAAAAACCUAGUGUUCCCAGUCCUGAAAUGAAUGACUAUGUUGUUGAUGCUGGCACUGUGACAUGCUUUCUGGUUAUCUGGGUGGGAAUUUUUUUUUGCUUUUCAUGAUUUUGUUACUACUUGGGAAAGGCACGGUUGACUAAAAGGAAUUAGAUUCUUACUUAAAAAAUAGUAGUUGAUAUUUUGCAGUACAGAUAAGAACAAUGAAAGACAAUGUAAUCUAUUGGUUCAGCAUAGAUUUAUUAUAGGAAAAAGAAAUUAUAAAAACAACCUAGUAGAAUGAAAAGAAAAUCCCAACAUGUUUUGCAUUCUUAACAGUAUAUUUGAUCAUUCUUUUAUUCCACAGAACUGCCUCUGUAUUUUCAUAGCCAGUCCCAGUUCACAUUCUUGUGAAUGGUGAAUACUGAAGAUAGAGGUGUUGCAUGAUAAUCUUUUUAACCUUGCAAUGAAAUAAUGCUGAGGAAUUUUAAAGAUGGUGCCAAAAUAAUGUCCUGAAAAUUUCACUUUGAUAAUUUAGUUCUUACAAGAGAAACUGGUUAUCGAGUUGAAUAACCUCAGGAGCCUGUGUCUGUGUUGCUGGGGGAUGACUGGCCCAGUUGGAACUGGCAGGGUUUAUUCUAUGAGGCAAACAUGGCUGUAAUCCCUAGCUGUCAAACACAUGACCAGGACAAAACUAUCCUCAAGAGGUUGUGAAUGUUAGCUAUUUUUGGCAUAAGGGUGUCAUGAACUGACAGAGGCAGAUUGGAAUGACCCAGCUAAUCAAUUCAUGUAGGAAAAUUCAGUUUGGGUUGGAUUCCUUAGAGCAGGGAAAAAAAAAAAAAAAAAAAAAAAAAAGAAGAAAAAAAAAGAAAUAGUUGCUUUCUGACUUCAUAAGGUAGAGAUUUGGGCCUGAAUGCCCUGGCUAUCUACAGGAAACAUCCAUGACUAUGAAACAAAUUGCUCAUACAGCAGCAAAACAGGAUUGCAAAUAGUUCAAAUAGGAAUUGUGUUACUUGUAGUAAUGCAGCCACAAGUAAUUUAUUCUCUACUGAGGCUCUUUUUAUCAUGAUCCAUAGCUCAUCCAUAUAGAUUUUAAUUGAAAGGAAAUCAUGCUGUUAAAAAAUCAGAAAUAAAAACUGGUCUAAUCUAUCCUACCAGAUCAAAACUCUGACUGCCAUUCCAAAUCAUACCUCUUCAGCCCUAUGUGUGCCCAGCAGCAGGUCCCUCUCUGCUCUCCUGCUCCCUGGUAGAACUUUAUGAUCUGCAAAAUAUUUCCCAAACUCCACCUGCCUUAAUCUCUUGCUAAGGUUGUCUUCACUUUGCCUCCCUGAAACAAAAAGACAGAAGCUGUGUCUUUUCCCUGGGCUUAUAUGAUGCUCCUGCAAUUACCACUUGAGGACUUUCUGAAGGUCAUCUCAUUAAGGGGACAGAUUCUGGGCAUUUUUACUACCCCUGCAUAAAUUUUUUAUUAAUUUACACUUCACUUUUUUAGGAGCCAAAGGAAAAGCAGACUUUGAGUGAAACUAAGUAGCCAUACUCAUUCCCUCAUGCUUCCUUUUUUUGCCAGUGCAGCAGUCCAAAGCAUACCCUUUCUGCCAGUAGGUUGUAGCAACUAAUUUAACUGAGGUGUGUCAUCCAUCUCUAUAAUGAACUUUGGGGGCAGUGAAACUCUAAGCAAUGGUUUAUUGCCUUUCCAUCCAAAUGUUGUCCUAGAGAUAUAAUGCAAACCUAUUCAAGUGCUAUUGUACUCAUCAGGAGCUUUCUUAUAUCAUGGCUCACACUUUGAACAAUCUUCAGUAUUUUGAAUUUGUGCUUCUUGCAUCUAUUUCAGUAUUAAAAAUUAUUAAAAUUGUGUGUUACCCAGAUUUUAGCUACAAAUCUUCUGAAUUCUGCAUUAACAAUGCAGGAAUCAGUAGGACUUUGUGGAGGAAACAUUACAUUGCCAUCUGGAGAAGUUUUAAAAAAUGCCAAACAAAAACAUUUGAACUUGAAGAUCUCUGGAAAUUAUGGCUGAGGAGGUGGCUAUAACGAGAAAGACAUCUCCUUACAUGCCAGUGACCACUUUUCAGGACAAUUGAUGUAGCAAAAAAUACUAAGACCCAAAAAAGAUGUGAUAUUCUUGUUAUCAUUGUUAUAAUUUCCAUCAUCGUCAUCAUCAUCAUGAUCAUCACCAUCAUCACAAUUAUUUAAAUGAAAUCAUUGUAUAUCCUACAAUAAAUUUUAAAAGAAAACAAAUUUAGGACAGUGUGACAAAUGUAGAUCACUUAUGAAGCUGAAAUAUGAGAACAAUGGUUUCAAUCACAAAUGUACAUUUUAUAUAUGAUGCUGCUAUUUUAUUUAGCAAAAAAGAAUAAAUUUUUUAGUUCCAAUAUUAUUGUUGUGCAUUGAAUUCCAUGAAACUACCUUAAGAUGAAUUUUGGUAAAAAAUGUUAAAAGUUUGUUUCAUGUUUACACAUUUACUUAGAUAUUAAACCAAAAUUUUUGCUUUAAGAUGCCAUUCUUGUAUUCCUUAGCUUAUUCAUGAGUUCAGUUAGCUUAUUCAUGAGUUCAGUUAUUCUCUUUAUCACCACCUUUGAAGAGAUAGUAGGAUACUAAAUUAUCUGCUAGCUAUCACAGUGCAUUGGAAAUAUUUGCCCAUGUCUCUAAAUGUGUUAAUAGAUGUUUGGUCUCAAAUGAUUUAAUGCUGAGUAACUCCAGCUUUUGACUUACUGAUGGGAAAAAUUGUACUUUUUAAUGGAGAAUAUAAGCCUUCUGGCAAGCAGAGUCAUGAUUUGAAUGCAAUGCCUAUUGAUACAUUCAAUACAAAUUACAGUCUACUGGGAAUGUGAUUCAUACUCCUGAUCUUUUAAUGACAAGGUUCAUGUUCUGAGAUGAUAUGUGUUUGUCUGUAACCAUCUCUUCCCAAAGAAUAUAUAAGAAAAACCUUAGAAAAGUAGUUCUUAUUUUUUAGCUCAGCAACUGUGAGUACUGAAUCUUGGAUUUCAAUGCAUUUGCUGUGAAAGAUGAGGUUAAAAACAUUAUUGUCACAUUUGGGCUUGUUUUGUUUGCAUUCACACAAUAAAUUAAUGCUAGAUUGUA